CUGGAAGACAUCAGCCCCACUGAGGAGGUGACGGACACGGAGGACAAUGAGGAGGAGGACCUGGGCGUCCUGGAUGACCAGCGGAGCAUCAUCCUCCACCUGCUCUCUCAGCUCAAACUGGGCAUGGACCUCACCCGGGUGGUGUUGCCAACGUUCAUUUUGGAAAAGCGGUCCCUCCUGGAGAUGUACGCCAACUUCAUGGCCCACCCCGACAUGUUCCUGUCCAUCACCAGCGGCGCCACGGCCGAGGACCGGAUCGUCCGCUUUGUGGAGUACUAUCUGACCGCGUUCCACGAGGGCAGGAAAGGAGCCGUGGCCAAGAAGCCCUACAACCCCGUGCUGGGGGAGACCUUCCACUGCUCCUGGGAAGUGCCUUGGGACAAAGUCAGACCUCUGGUCAGGUCCAACCAGGGGCCGGGCUGGGAGGCGGGCAGGGCGCCCAACAGCGCGCCGCAGGGCGAGGACUCGCCGGGGGGCUGCUACCGGGUCCGCUUCGUGGCAGAGCAGGUGUCCCACCACCCCCCCGUGUCGGGUUUCUACUGCGAGUGUCGAGAGAAGAGGAUGUGCGUCAACGCCCACGUGUGGACCAAAAGCAAGUUCAUGGGCAUGUCCAUCGGAGUCUCCAUGGUGGGAGAAGGAGUCCUGUGUCUCCUGGAGCAUGAUGAGGAGUAUGUCUUCACUCUGCCCUGUGCCUACGCCCGCUCCAUCCUCACCGUGCCCUGGGUGGAGCUGGGGGGCAAAGUCUCCAUUAACUGCGUCAAAAGCGGCUACUCAGCCACGGUGACCUUUCAUACAAAGCCUUUCUACGGAGGGAAGGUGCACAGAGUUACCGCCGAGGUCAAACACAACUCGACCAACACGAUCGUAUGCAAAGCGCAGGGGGAGUGGAACGGCACGCUGGAGUUCACCUACAGCAGCGGGGAAACCAAAGUGAUGGACACGGCCAAACUUCCCGUCACCAGGAAGAAGCUGCGCCCGGUGGAGAGGCAGGGCAGGACCGAGUCCAGGCGAGCACAGGCUCCAGUCAUAACAGGCGGGGGACGGAAAAGUUUACGGCUGUGGCAACAUGUCACCAAGUCGCUGAAGGAAGGAAACAUGGACAAGGCCACAGAGCACAAACACAGGCUGGAGGAGUGCCAGAGGGCGGAGGAGAGGCAGAGAGCAGCUGAUAACAAACCCUGGAAACCAAAAUAUUUCACUAAAGAGGGCGACGGCUGGAUCUACAACAGCGCGCUGUGGAAGUCCACCUGA